UGUUUUUGAAGGCCCUUGACUAGCCAGCGUGCUAAUCCAACAUCGAGACGUUACAAAAUAUUUUCAUAAUUAAUAACCUGCUGAAAGCUGUUUGUGUCCAUUUGUACGCCACCUAAUUCUAGGUUGGUCCAAACAACCAGAAUGUCCUUCCCCCCUCAUUUAAACCGGCCGUUGUUGCCCCCUCCUGGGAUGCCCCCUCAGUUUGCUGGCUUCACCCCAGGAGCUCCAAUGAUCCCCCUUCACCUGGGCAUUAUGACCCCCACUUCUACAGUAAUGAUGCCUUCUGUGCAAGUGAUCAGUAAGCCUCCAAUGCAUAAAAAAGACAUAAUGCGAGUCAAAGAAAACAAUGAGAACAGCGGCCCCACUACCACAGUGUUUGUGGGGAACAUAUCAGAGAAAGCUUCGGACAUGCUGAUCAGACAGCUGCUUGCGAAGUGUGGAAUUGUACUGAGCUGGAAGAGAGUCCAGGGAGCCUCUGGGAAGCUUCAAGCCUUUGGGUUUUGUGAGUACAAGGAGCCAGAGUCCACAUUGCGAGCACUGCGGCUGCUUCAUGACCUGCCGAUUGGAGACAAAAAUCUGUUGGUGAAGGUGGACGCCAAGACUAAAGCUCAGCUGGAUGAGUGGAAGGCCAAAAGAAAGACUGCGAAUGGGAACAAGAAGGCGGAAGAUGGAGGAGAUGAUGACGAAGAGGUUCUUGAUGAGGAGACGAAGAAGAAGGAUCAGAUAACUAAAGGUGCUAUUGAUGGACUGAUGCAGGAAUAUGCUGCCGAACUCAACGCGCCUUCACAGGACGAGGACUCCCAGCGACGAAAGAGAAGGAAGGAGAAAAAAGAAGAGGACGACAUUAACACUAUUGAUAUGGAGGACGACAAGAGGGACCUCAUUUCCAGAGAAAUUAGUAAAUUUCGAGACACCCACAAGAAACUAGAAGAAGAAAAGGACAAGAGGGAGAAGGAGCGGCUGGAGUUUGAGCGGGAACGCAGGGAUCGGGAAAAAGAGCGAGAGCGGGAAAGAGAGCGACGGGACCGCGAGAGGGAGAAAGAACGGGAGAGGGAACGUGAGAGGGAAAAAGAGCGGGAGCGGGAGAGAGACCGAGACAAAGACCGCGAGCGACGGCCCAGAGAAAGAGAGCGGGAAAGAGACUGGGAGAGGGACAGAAGCCGAGACAAGACCCCCGAACGCAGCCGAUCCAGGGAGAUAAGUCGAGACAGAGAAAAGAAACGAGACCAAGAAGAUGAAGAGGAGGCGUACGACCGCAGGAAGCUGGAGAGGAAACUCAGAGACAAGGAAGCAGCCUAUCAGGAGCGACUAAAAAACUGGGAGCUCAGAGAGAGGAAGAAGGCUCGGGAUUACGCCAAGGAGGCCGAGAGGGAAGAUGAGCGCAGACGAGAAAUGGUGAAGGAGGGCAAACGGUUGAAAGAGUUUCUUGAAGACUACGAUGAUGACAGAGAUGACCCCAAGUACUACAGGGGCAGUGCGCUGCAGAAGCGUCUCAGAGACCGAGAGAAGGAGAUGGAGGCAGACGAGCGUGACAGGAAGAGAGAGAAGGAGGAGCUGGAGGAGAUCAGACAGAGGCUCUUAGACGAGGGACAUCCAAACCCAGACGCAGAGCUUCGCAGGAUGGAGGAGGAAGAGGAGGAGCGUCUGAGACAACCUCCCAUCAUACAAGAGCCGGAGCCCGAGGAGGAACGAAAACGCCACAAAGGUUCACGAGACCACCGGGACCGCCGACAUGAACAGCCCAAACCAGAACCCAGCGCACGGCCUGUCCAGUCAGACAACGAGGUGGAGGAGGGGGAGGAAGAUGAUUUUGAAAAUGACGAAGAUAACCCAGACGUGAAACCGUGUUUGAAGCCCACAAUGCGGCCCAUCACAACAGCACCCUCGGUUUCUUCUGCCAGUGGCGGCGCGUCCCCGAACACCCCCGGGGACGAGUCGCCCUGCGGCAUCAUCAUCCCCCACGAGAACUCGCCCCCGGACGCCCUGCCGCAGGAGGAGAACCGGCCCAAGAUCGGCCUCAGUCUCAAACUGGGUUCCUCAGGAAGCCCGAGUCAACCCAACGUCAUCAAGAGAAAGAAGCUGCCCGUGGACAGCGUCUUCGACAAGUUUGAUGACGAAGAGACGGACGAACAGCCUCGCAAGAGGAAGCUGGUGCCCCUGGACUACGACGAUGAUAAGAGCUUGGGGGUGGACGGGGCCGGGUUCUCCAGCAUAAAGGGGGCCAACACCGAGGAGAAACGUAAACACAUCAAGACCCUGAUAGAGAAGAUUCCCACAGCUAAGCCGGAGCUGUUCUCCUACCCCCUGGACUGGUCUAUGGUCGACACGAUGUUAAUGGAGCGUCGUGUUCGGCCGUGGAUCAAUAAAAAGAUUAUUGAGUACAUCGGGGAGGAAGAAGCGACAUUAGUGGACUUUGUCUGCACCAAGGUGAUGGCUCACAGUAUGCCACAGAGCAUCUUGGAUGAUGUUGCUAUGGUUCUCGAUGAAGAAGCGGAGGUCUUUAUCGUGAAGAUGUGGAGGUUACUCAUUUAUGAAACCGAGGCAAAGAAGAUCGGACUGGCGAAAUAAGCGGAACCACUGAAUGAAGAUCAACUGUUUGUUUUUUCAUACAUUGUGUAUAAUAGUGUAGCAUCAUUAUGUCACCCCAAACAAAGCGGUGUGUCCAUACCAGUACAAACGGUAAAAUGCAGAUUCUGCUCAUUCUCACACUCGCACCAGGUGUUCAGCUCCUGUCGGGUCUCUCCCUCUCCCCUCUCCGUUUUGCAGGUGCUGACUGUGUCGGUGUGCUUUUGUGUAAAUACAGUACGUCAUUAUUUGAUUAUAGUUAAAUAAUUCUGGGAGUAAAAUGCACACAGGUAGGAACAUUGUUCAGAGACAGAUUUAUCGGUCUUAUAUUUGUUUGUGUACAUGCCAACACACUUUGUGGAAGGUCUUGUGUGCAGGUCUAGUUCCUGUAAUGAAACAUUUUUCUGUUGGUGUCUUUAGGGGUUGCGGUCUGGCUUGCAGUUGAAUGUGGGUUGGUUAAUUGGACUUUUGAUUAUGAAUACGUAAGAGCAACGAUGUUAUCUUUUACAGCGUUAUUUAUUCACGGUUUUGGACAUAACUGACUUGUUCGUAAAAGUAUACAGAUUUUCCCUCUUCAUUUUCCCUUAUUACAUUCCUGAUAAAUGUGUUGGCAUGUUGUCAGACCAUCUCAGAAACGUAGUCAUUUGGAGAUUCUGCUGAUGAACCCACAUGCAUAUCUCAGAUGGUGACAUCCCUGCAGCUGCAGAAGCACACACAAACACACGUCAUAACCACUACAGGAAAAUGAGGUCAGAAUGGGAAAAAUGAGUUGAAGUUGUGAAAAUGGUCUCCAUUUGUUUUUGUAUUGGUGAACAUUUGAAUAAAAUUGAUUUUUUAUAA